AUGUCUGCAUCACAGCCUCAAGACCAGCCGGAGGCGAGCAGCUCAUCCAGCGCCCAAUCCAUAUCAGAACUUCUCCUAAUCACACACAGAAUCACAACAACCGGCGGUAAAACCUGUGCCCAGUGCAAGAAGCUAGAAGAAGACCCCGAAGACAAACCACUCAAGGCCUGCACCACCUGCAAAUCGGUCUACUACUGCUCACGAGAGUGCACAAAAGCACACUACAAAGUCCACAAGAAGGAAUGUGCAAAGCUGGCCCAGGAGUAUUCCAAGACUGCUGUCUUCAAGCCUGCCGUGAGAAGUUCGGCACCCAAGGAGGGUCACAAGGGUGGUUUGCAGAAGUGGCAGUUUGACACUUAA